AUCGGGCGUGACGCCUUACCCAGGAUGUUAUAAUGAGACGAUAGUUGGAUGAGUAUGGACGUCAACCGUCCACAGAAGAUCUUCGGAAACAUGAUGUUGUUCCUGAUGGUGUUGGGAGUUCUUUACAAUGGGAUACACUGCCAAACAAUACAAUUUGACUCUGGGGAAGCGUUCACGGCUAUAAACUCAUCGACAGUGGCUGGUGCGAGCGAUUACACAGACCCAAAAGACACAGGUUCCUACUUGUUCCAGUCCGAUACCUCAAUGGAUCAGAAGGCACUGUCCCUGAGCGUUCUGGUGGCCCACUUCCGGUCGGCUAGUUCAUUCUACUUCCGUACUCACCCAACAUUUAUCACGUGUCUACAAGCGACGAUCUCGAGUCUACGGAAACAAGACCUACGGGUGGACAUUAUAUCAGCAUUUAAGACGAAUUCCGAUGUACCCGGAAGUAAUAAGAUCCAAGACCUUUACGCUAGAAGUGGUACUGGGGCGACCCUCAAGUUCCGACCAGGGGUGUUAGGGGACAUCCGGGAUAUUGCUGACACCGCCAUCAAAAUGUGUGCUUCCAUGUUCUCGGUGAUCCAGCGUGACGUUGGGGUGGUACUGAUGAUGAGCUCCGUACAUAUUUUCAUGACGGGGAAUCUGGACACGACCCCGCAGUUUUCUGUAGAUGGCUACACCGGUGGCAUGUCAAGCGCCGACUUCCAUACCUACGCCAUGACAAAACUGGGGGAAGCAAACGAGCCCGCUGUCAUUCCCACGGACUGUAGCGCUUUCUCCAGUGUGGUCAUUGGUGCGAAGUUUCCCUCCAGUGCCACUGAUGCCGAGAGCGUCGUUGGCGAUCCUGACACCCCGAUCCUCAGGGAAAAUACGGAAGAUUUCAGCAGACUAACACAAUAUAUGGGAACCAAGGUGGACUUUGUUAAUCACGAGCGCACCUCGGCUUGGUGUGGAUCUGUGGGCCAGCCCUGUGUGGACUGCCGGGCUGGUAUCGUUGGGAGUGCUCUUACACAACGGUGUGCAGCUAGAACGAUGAGCUACCGGAUGUACAAAGUCUUCAAUAUAUUACAGAAAUUUGUCCGAUACAACAUGACAUUUGACGAUACACUGAGGGUUGUGAAGGCCUGGGACGAACCAUACGCUGACGCCACAGGUGGUGACCUUGGAUAUAGUCGCCUGCACACUGAGGGACGAGCGGUGGUGGUCCAGCUUGUCUCGGCGAAUACCGGUAACAACCUGGAGGAGGUCAGUCACUACGCCAUUUGUGCCGGAGCUGACUACAUUUCACACCAAGGUGACAGCUUGCAGAUAGCCGUGAAAAAGAUGAGUGGGACAACAGAAAAGAAAACCGCUUUCCAACUGGCCACAUUCAUAGCCGUAGAUCCGCCAACUGCUAAGGCAACCGACUAUGAAUUCCCGCCAGAAUUUACAGAGGAGGAUAAGGAAAACUAUCCACUCUUCUAUGGAAAAGGACGGGGUCAUAUAGAGUUGGCUGAGGGAGCUUUUCUGCAUCAGUUCAUGUCCUCAGAUGAUACAUACCAAUACUUCCGGUUACACCCCAGUAUUCCAGCGUGUUACUCCAAUCUGCUGGUCCAGCUCAACCGUGCUACCACUGAUGGGGAGGUAAUAGACCUUGAAGUGAUCCGGGGCUACCUUGCUGAUCCGGAGCAGCCAUCUUUGUUUAGUCAGGCGACAGAUGAUCGUUACAACACCCACACGCUAGGCGUGGCCAUGCAGCUGAAGUUUGCAGAAAACACGUCCUCAAACUACACAUCGGCAUAUCUUCUAGAGGAAAUCGUCAAGACGUGUGGGCCACUUUUCAACCUUGCAAACGAGGCAAUGGGGCUUGGACUGUACUCCGAUAGCGUGUUCGUGGACAUGCGGGACUUGUUUGAGGUGUGGAUUGAGUCUGACUCCCUCAUACCAUACCAAGGCAUGGACUUUAACGCCUACGACAACUUCCUUGAAACACUGCAUACAGCAGCUAUCGGUGAGUUUUACAUCCUACAGGGCUUCAGACUCAGUAAUAUUUCAGAAAGCAUUCUUUUUUUUUAUAUAUUAUCAAAGCUUCCCAUUGACAUUUUUAGGGGAAGAAUUGUUGACCCCGAUGACCCCGUGGAAGCAUGCAACCUCGCCGUAAUCCCCACCAAACAAUCACCAACGUACCUAUAUCAAUUACCGGAAAUCCUUAAUCGCAGACGAAAACGAUCUACGCCGACAGAUGUGUGUACCCCUGAUGAUAGCACCAGCUUCUGUGUGUCCACAGUCUCCCACAGAAACACCGAGUCGGAACUCGUUUGGACGGACAUGAACCGCCAUUACAUCUACCACCAACCCUCCUCAGAGCUGUAUGACGCCAUCAAAGGUUGCCUUAAUGAAUGUGGCACAUGUCUGGAAGGGUCUAUAUAUGAGAGAAAACAUACCCACUGUAGUAACAUGGUCCACUGGAUGCCGUACCCGAUGCUGAACGAUGAUUAUAACGUCACAAACUUCUUCUCCAGGGAUAAAACGUGGAGCAAAGAGUUGGCCUGCUUUCUUCCCGGUCACCACUGCAUCCAUAAAGCUCCUGCGUAUGCUAAAUUAGCCCCACAUGCAUACCGGAUAUACCGACCUGAUCCACAGAAGGCUCAAAGCGAGGAGCUGUAUUCUAAAGAAGAUAAUCCGUCCCCUCUCAUGUCGAUCCUGGAGGAAACCUACGCCAUCAACGCCAAGGGCAAGGUUACAUUUUGGGUGGAAGAUGAAGUUGACAUAAAGGCCAUGGAGGUCCCACUCAAGACAGUGAUGUUGUACAAUCAUGACGUCACACUUGUCGUUAUCUACGUCAGAAACACUAUCAGUAUAAACGCUGUGGCUGAGGUUGUAGAGAGUUUUAUCGAAAACAUGGCGACGACAGGAUGUACUCUGUAUACACGGAAAAUACUUGCUCCUUACUCGAUCGACACGGUUCCUGCCUCACAUCUGGUGAAAAGAGAUACCUCUAAUGCAGUGAACUCCAUCGACAUUGAAUAUAUGGUCCAAUGGCAGAGAGAUGAACUGGCAUAUAUCAAUCAUCUUUCGCCUUAGGGGCUUGGUGUCCAAGCCAAUCAGUGCUACUGAUGUUAGAACUAUCUCGACCUUGCCCUCACCGUUUCCCCAUCGCCAUCAGGACAACUAUUUGGACCUUAUGUCUCAGCCUUACCCACAUCGCCAUGAGAAGAAAUGUCUGGACCUUGUCCCUUAGAGUUACCCCCAUCGCCAUGAGAAGAAAUGUCUGGACCUUGUCCCUUAGAGUUACCCCCAUCGCCAUGAGAAGAACUGUCUAGAGCUUAUCCCUCUUCGUUACCCCCAUCGUCUUUAGGAGAACUGUCUGGACCUUAUCCCUCCUCGUUACCCCCAUCACCAU